AUGGACAACAAAGCGCUGUCCCUGAAAGCAGGAUCAUUCCUACUCCUCCAGCUGCUGUCCAACCUGCUCCUGUGCAGGAGCGUGGACUCCCUGCCCAUCUGUCCCAGUGGGGCUGUCAACUGUGAAGUGUCCCUCCGAGACCUGUUUGACCGUGCAGUCGUCCUGUCUCACUACAUCCAUAAUCUCUCCUCAGAAAUGUUCAGGGAAUUUGAACAACAGUAUGCACAGGGUAAGGGGUUCAUUACCAGGGCCAUUAACAGCUGCCACACUUCUUCCAUCCCUACCCCUGCAAACAAGGAGCAAGCCCAAAGUAUCCACCACGAAGCCCUUCUGAGCCUGGUCCUUGGAGUGUUGCGCUCCUGGAAUGUCCCUCUGUAUCAUCUAGUCACGGAAGUUCGUGGUAUGCAAGGAUCCCAAGGUGACAUCCUAUCAAAAGCCGUAGAGAUUGAGGAACGUAACAAACAACUGCUAGAGGGCAUGGAGAAGAUAGUUGGUGAGGUUUUUCCUGGAGUCAAAGAAAAUGAGAUCCUCUCUGUCUGGCCGGGAUUUCCAUCUCCGCAGGCGGCCGAUGAAGACAGUCGCCUUUCUGCUUUUUAUAACCUGCUCCACUGCCUGCGCAGGGAUUCGCACAAGGUUGACAGCUACCUCAAGCUCCUGAAGUGCCGAAUCAUCUAUGAUAACAACUGCUAA